CAGAGCGCGCCUUCCGGCGAAAUGGCUUUAAACACUGAAAGUCGAGUCAAUUUUCGGGUUGUCAGAUUUAUGUACGAAGCCGGUCUGAAGUUACGACUAGAGUCUGUAUCACUGGCCACUGCAGCUGUUAUAUACCACAAAUUUUUCCGAGAAAAUUCUUUACAUGAAUACGAUCCCUAUACAAUAGCCACAACUGCAAUAUAUUUGGCUGGAAAAGUGGAGGAACAACCUAUGAAGCUACGAGAUGUUGUCAAUGUUUGUUACAGAACCCUACACAAGAACAAGCCUCCACUUGAGAUGGGCGAUAAGUACUGGGAGCUGAGAGAUUCUGUCGCUAACUGUGAACUCUUUGUUCUUAGGAUGCUUAACUUCAAAGUGGUGUUUGACCACCCUCACAGGUACCUUUUACAUUACCUGAAGUUCAUAAAGGACUGGUUUGAGCCUUAUCGAUGGGAAGAUUUGCCUAUAGCUAGAACAGCCUGGGCACUGUUACGAGACUGUUACCAUGGCAACGUCACCUUGAAGUACAAACCUGAUCAUAUUGCUGUGGCCAUUUUGUAUCUGACACUUCAGUGUCAUGGCGUGGACGUUCCUUAUCACUACCAGUCAGAUACGCCCUGGUGGAAGGUGUUGGCAGAGGAUGCUACGAUCGGAAACUUGAAGGAUAUAAUGAGUGAUAUUAUUGACAUUUACGAUCUAGAAACAUCAAUUCAGACGUGAAAAUAUGAUCAUCACUUCUGUUGUGACAAAAAACACAUCAUUGUAGCCCAAACUCCAUGACAACUCCAGCAGGCUGGAGUCCGUGACCAUCAAGUUGAUGGAUUCAGAGAUGAGAAAUAUGAAGUAUACACCUCUGUCUUGAAUGGAUCUUCUUAUUCGAGCUGAGCAAUGAAAGACUUUUGAGAAUCUAACUUGUGUUUGAAGAAAGGGUGCAAGAUACCUGAAGUCUUGUCCCGUGAACAAAGUCUAGUUAGACUCCAGCUGACAGCAGAACAGACCAUCAAGUUUGUCCUUGUGAUAAGCAUGUGCCAUAGCAUUUGUAUGGCACCUCCAGUUUUGUAGUCUUGUAUAACUCGAGAGAAAAUGGGAACAGCUGUCAAUUAUGCAAGUUUGGACUUGUGAUUAUUGAAAGGUGUACCAGUUCAUUCAGACAGUUUUGGUUUUCUCUUGUAUUCUAGUAAAACUCCAGAUGAAAAUAUAACAGGUUGUCAAGUUUGUGCUUGUGAUAAAAGAAAGGUGUACCAGUUCAUUUGUGACUGAUAUCAUAACCUCAAAUGACAAGAAAGUUUGACUACAUAUGUACUAUGUAUCUUCAUUAUAAUAACGUCCAGCUGUCCAAGAGACUGUCGUGGUUCCAAACUUGUGUUCAAGACAUACCUUGAGUGAAUUUUUGUGCAAGUUUCAAACUUUUAGCAGAAAUGUAUUGUACAGUAAGCAUGAUGGAUAUAUAGUACCACUUGGCUGCCUGUGUUUUUCUGAACACAAGUUGUCAUAACCCAGGUGGAUACAACACUCUCACAUUUUUAUUGGAGAUAUGGUGAUGGGAAAUUUGAGAAAUUAUCGCUGCAAAUGAAAAAAAUUCCACGAAUAGAAUUUGCCAGACAUAUUUUUUUAUUAAAAUAAUUUGAUACUUA